AUGAACAAUCUGCACAAUCAGCACCACUUGGCCGGGGGAAAUUUCGCACAUCCUCAGUUUUUCAACCAACACGGCAACCAGGGCAAGAGAAAAAUGAACAACGAUCCUAACAGACCCAAGAGACCGACAUCUGCCUACUUCUAUUUUGUUCAGUUGGAGAGAGAAGAAGCUGCAAAGAGAGGGGAACGAAUUAACAGGGUUGCUGAUUGGACGAAACAGGUCUCAGCAAAAUGGAGGACUCUGACCAAUGAGCAGAAGGAACAGUUUCAAGUGCUGGCAGCUGGGGAUAAAGUCAGGUACAGCCAACAGAUGGCAGUGUACACGGGGAAAGAUGCCAACAGGCCUAAAAGACCUCAAUCAGCCUACUUUCUCUGGCUGGCUGACUUCAGGGUUAGGGUCAAGGACAAGUUUGCUGAACAUAAGGAUAUACUAAGAGCUGCUGGUGAGGAAUGGAGGAAGAUGACAAUGGAUGACAAAGCGCCAUAUGAACAACUGGCUGAGGAAGAAAGGAAGAAAUAUGACAUCAAAAUAAAGGAGUACAAUCAGGUGAUGAUGACGAUGAUGAUGAUGGUGAAUGUGAUAAUGAUGGUAGUGAUGAUGACGGAAUGA